AGUAUUUCGAAAACCAGUGUUUACUUUUCAGAUAGUUCGGCCAUGGAUCUGCUCUCAAUCUCUUCUUCCCCCCUUCAACUUCGCUGAGCUCCCUCAGGCUUCCUCACCCUCUUUCAAAGCCGUCUAUUUCCUGGUUUAAUUCCCAAAUUGCUAUUCCCUCUCGUCCCCAUUCUUCAAGAACUUCGCUCGGAUGCAUGCUUGCAUCCUCACCGAAAUCCCCUAAAACCCUAAAUUUUGUGUCCCAACCUGAAAUCUUCAAUGAUACUUUCAAAUUAUCUUCUCCUCAGACGCCUGCUACGGCCAUGAGGGGAGCUGAAACUGAUGCGAUGGGGCUAUUGCUUAGGGAAAGGAUUGUUUUCUUGGGUAGCAGUAUCGACGAUUUUGUGGCUGAUGCAAUUAUCAGUCAGCUGCUGCUUCUGGAUGCUCAAGAUUCCACAAAAGAUAUUAGACUCUUCGUCAAUUCGCCUGGUGGCAAUCUGAGUGCUACAAUGGCCAUCUAUGACGUGGUACAACUUGUGAGGGCUGAUGUUUCCACAGUUGCACUCGGCAUUUCAGCUUCAACAGCUUCCAUUAUCCUUGGUGGUGGCACGAAAGGCAAGCGUCUUGCUAUGCCCAACACACGGAUUAUGAUUCAUCAACCUCUUGGAGGCGCUAGUGGACAAGCUAUAGAUGUAGAAAUUCAAGCUCGAGAGGUUAUGCACAACAAAAAUAAUGUUACGAGAAUUAUAUCUGGUUUCACCGGUCGCUCAUUCGAGCAAGUCCAGAAAGAUAUUGAUAGGGAUCGGUACAUGUCUCCAAUUGAAGCAGUUGAAUAUGGAAUAAUUGAUGGGGUGAUUGACAGAGAUAGCAUUAUUCCUCUGAUGCCUGUACCAGAAAGGGUCAAAUCACCUCUGAACUAUGAAGAAAUAAGUAAAGACCCGAGGAAGUUUUUGAACCCCGAUGUCCCUGAUGAAGAGAUAUACUAGCAUUGGAUUAUCGAAAAGCUGCUGUAACGAAUUUCUCAGAUUUGUCUUGGGAGAAAUUUGGUUAAGAAUAGUGAACCACUUAUUCAGGUUAUUAACUAUCUCCAUUAUUUAUCAUGUUGUAGCUUUAUAAUGCUUAAAAUGGCUUGGUUUUUACCUCGUUGAAAUAAAAAGUUGUCGUUAGCGGGCUA